AUGGAUAUUUUGAAACAUCAGGAACUCAAUGCAUCACAAUUCUGUUAUCCAUCAGUUAAUGGGUCCUGCAUUAAAAUCAAUCAGACUUGGGCGGCUCAGUUUAUCUCGUAUAUUUUCUUGGUGGCAGGAAUGAUUUUCACAAUUCUUGGGAACUUGGUUGUCAUUAUUUCCAUUGCACACUUUAAACAGCUCCAUACACCAACAAACAUACUGGUGAUGUCUUUGGCAGCAGCAGACCUGCUACUUGGAAUUGUUGUGAUACCCUUCAGCAUGAUAAGAUCUGUUGACGGCUGCUGGUACUUUGGAGAUGCCUUUUGUUUACUGCACUCCAGUUUUGACCUGUUUCUCACCUGUGCAUCCCUUUUUCAUCUGAUUUUCAUUGCCAUAGACCGCUAUCAGGCCGUGUGCAAUCCACUGCAUUAUUCCACAAGAAUAACCAUCCCCAUUGCAUGGCUCAUGAGUGCUCUGAGUUGGGUAAUUGCAGGUGUAUACUCUUAUGGUCUUCUUUAUUCGAAGGCUAAUGUAAAAGGGCUGGAAGAACACAUUGCAUCGAUAUAUUGUUUUGGUAGUUGUAUUCUGCUGUUCAAUUCGUUGUGGGGGGUCCUGGAUACCUUAAUUGCAUUUUUUCUGCCUUGCUGUAUAAUGAUGGGUCUUUAUGCCAAAAUAUUUUUUGUGGCCAGGGAGCAUGUCAGAAAGAUUGGAGACAUGAAUCAUCGAAAGCAUUUGAAUGAGGAGAAUAAGAACAAACUGUCUCGAAGUUCUGAGCGCAAAGCAGCAAAAACCCUGGGAAUUGUUAUGGGGGUCUUCAUUCUUUGCUGGAUGCCUUUCUUUGUGAACAUGAUAAUUGAUCUGUACACUAACUUGAGCACUCCUUUUAUCAUAGUGGAAGUGCUUUUCUGGCUAGGUUACUUUAAUUCAACGUUAAAUCCUAUAAUCUACAGCUUAUUUUAUCCUUGGUUUCAAAAAACAUUUAAACUUAUUGUCUCUUUGAAAAUAUUAAAUCCAAGUUCUUCAAAUAUGAAUCUAUUUAUUGAAAGAUAAUUAUAAAAUGGCUUCAUGUCUUGCAUUUUUUAAGAGUGAAUCUUUGUUCCAAUCUUUGAGCCAGGCAAUAUUUGUGCCUUGUUCACAUGAUUCUUAAUCUAGCCCUAUUCAUCUGUUAUACAAUACAAUACAAUACUUAUUUGUCCCUCAGGGGGAAAUUUGUUUUCACAGCUUUGCUUUGCAGGCCUCACAUAAAUACAUAGAUACGU